GUGAACAAUUUGCCAUCCAUGAAGGUUCGCUCGGAGGUCAGCGGCGCAGAUAUCGGUAGCAUUAUCCGAACCUAAGCCCGACCAUUAUCACUCCCUACAUCUUAAACCCUUGUCAGGUUACCCUGACUCACCUACUUCACAUCGUGACGCCACAGCACCUCCCUCGAGAUCCCACAACUUCAAACGGAAGACCAACACACGCCUUGGAUACUGCCACAGCCACAUGAUAGCAUCCGCAAAUAUGAGCGACGACAUAGCAGGAUGCCUUUAAUGGACGAUAUUGCGCUGUUGUGUAAUUGGCGGCUCCCCAUGCGCAUAGCCGCCCAAUUCUUGGCCUUUGUUGCCUUCAUUGUUGCCCUCCGGAUUGUGCUUUCGGCUUCCUUUCGGACCCUCUGGAGCCGCGAGACGAUGGUUGUGGACACGUUUGCAGCCAGAAUCCUAUUGGUCAUCUGGCUGUACCUCGUUCUGUCGAAGUGCCGCCUGGCUAGGGACCACAGAUACGUGGAGGACGAGGGUCAAUGCUCGGGCGUCGACAUGAAGGAUCUCGACGAGAAGGUGGACGACGCGGAAGAUCUGUUAGGAGACAGGCAGGGCUAGGUCGGACUGCAGCCAGGACAUAAAGGCUCCAGAAGCGACUUGGCCGGAAAUUCGAGCAGUCCCUCAAGCAGCUGGACUGGUUGUGGGAGUAAAGGCAUAACAGAGCUCUAAAGAAAUGAUUCCCUCCGCAAAGUCAGACUCGGGGACAGAUCUAAUAUAUAUCCUUCCUAGAAAUCCCAGUGGCGCUAUUGAGCAGGGUGGGCGAC